AUGAAGCCUGCUCGGGGCUCGUCUACACCAAUUGAUCCAGCCAAAGGGAGCAAGGCGACUGCCAAUGACAGAGCAACUUCGGGAUAUGGCCUCACAGACCCAGGUCGCCAAAGGGCAAAAACCCUUCGGUCCCAGCCUUCGGAGUCGAAGAUUGUUCGAUUGAAGCUCACAAAACCCAGGCCACCCAAAGCCAAUCCCCAAGAAGUGGACUGGGAUGAAGACCUCCGUCCUACACCCGAUGAGAAAGUGGAGAAUGAAGGGACCCAUGGAGGAACAUCCGUUACCGAUACAGACCCAAACAGACCGAAGAUAGUCGGCAAAAACACAGGAAGUAAGCGAGCAAUGCCGUCAAAGCCACAAACAACCUCUGCAAAACGCAGGAAAUCGAACAACAGGAGGAUCGCUACUAGCAAAGAGGGCGAUACCAGAGGACCACAAUUGCCACUGGUAACGAUUAAUUCAAGCACUUUGCCUCCUGAAGCCCCUCUGGGUCAUAGUGGGCCUUCUGAUAUGAGUCCAUUGAGCGGCAAAAGCAAGGAUUAUGCCGCGAAGCGCAAUGGAAAUGUGCCCAAAGCUUCGCACCAGCCUUCGCCGCCAACAAAUGAUCACAACAAGCAUGGGAAUAGGAGUCAAGGGGGUGUGAUCGUCGAGACAAGAAGUUGCACAUCGGUGACAACUGAGUCAUCAUCGGAGCUCGAAUAUCAUGGCAAAGGGCCAUCCCGUACUUCAAAAGUCAGCAUCCUAGAGCAUCGGGCACAGUCCAACGGACAAAAAAACAAAGGCAAAGCUUUUCAUGUGACUUCCGAAUUAUCCUUGAGUUCCGACGUCGAUACUAAAGGACCGACUAAUUCAAAGGUCACCAUUCUGGAGUCAAGGGCACUUCCGAAGGGACGAAGCAGCCAGACCAAGCCGCGUCAUGACAAGAGUCAUCCCAAACAUCGUGGUAGAGCAGAGAGUGUUGGCAACAAGCUGAUGCUUGCGCUCCACGGAACAGAGCCUUCUCAGAAUGAACCAGCCAAUGAUCCAGCUGUACCUCUCAUCAUCUCAUCUGAUCCAGUACAACCCGAGGAAUAUCCACAAAAGCAGCAGUUCGACCCAAUGCCGACCGACACAGCUUUGGAACCUCCGGAACCUCCAAAGCUUGAAAGCGUACUGGACAGAGCGAUUCCAGUUGAAGUGUACCAACACGAAACCGAUCUGAAAACCGUCAAUCCAGCAUUGAUCACCAGAACACUUCCGUCCAAGGAAGAGCAGAUACUACAACGGGGAGAUGACGCAUCCUUCUGGCAGGCCCUGGGUGAUGACAGGAUGUCCAGUAUAGCGAGCUCUUCCGAAUUUGAAAUCGGCAGAGGCCUGAUGGAUGAGGGCCCGUCAAUCCUUGAUUAUCACAUGGAAAUGGAACAUAUCCCCGGAUUUGCAACGUUGCAACCCAUAAGAUCUGGACCAACCACCUCUUCGCAUGUCACUAACAUCUGCGAAAGCCCCGCAAAUAGCUCUUUGGGCACUUCAAAUGCAGGAAAAUUCGAUGAUCUCACAGUAGGACAGAUAGAGGAACGUGGGAUCAGCCAUACUCCGGAGUCUCGAAAGCCUCUUCUCACCAAUGAAUCCCCAAUAGGACUGAGUUCAGCGUCUCCUCAGGCCCCAAAAUCAGCCCCAAAGACUAGCAUUGUUGACAGCAACGGUAGUCCUCGACUCAUGCCUCAGUCAGCCAAGAGCAUGGUUGCGCUCCAGUUUGAUCUGGGUGGUGAAAGGCACCACGAAGAAACAACCAGCGACACCGAUACCAGUCCAAGUGAAUACGAUCGAGACUCAUGCAGUAUUUCCAUCGAAACUAAAUAUGAGGGGGCCAUGUGGUCUAAGUUCCAACGAGAUAUGUUCUUGGAAUAUGGGAUCCAAACGGAGAACCUGGCGAGCUCUCACCCCUGGCCACCGAAUUCGUACAAAAAGCAACAGCGCUCGUUUCCUCAGGAGGAUACUGCUGAUGGGGACAACACCGAGAAAAACUCGACGACUAGUUCAAGUUCUUCACAGCGAACGAUCGACGAGAGAGCUUUAGGGGGUGCUCCUUCAACGAAUCAUGGGCUUGACCAAUCGUUCCGAACAGAUGUAUCGGGGUCAACACAGCCGGUUUCCAAGUCGCACAAAUCCUCUACGACGGGCGAUCAUGACGAUAUGGAAUGGAUAUCAACCUUGCAAGUGGCCCAAAAAGACGCACACCACCUGCUUCAGGAAACCAAUUCGCUCGCAGCAGAAAAGGCCACUAUCAGCCGAGUCCUCGAAAUCUAUCGAGAGGGGUGUAGUCGGAUCCUUGACGAUUUGUUCCAAGCACAAGAAGCACGAAUGCAGCUCUAUCGGCAGCAAAUGCAAUCUGUCAAGGAACAACAUGCAGAUAUUUGUCGAGACCUGGUUCGUGGACUACAGGAGCUCGACCGUCGGGUGCAACAAGGGCCAGUCUGA